AUGUUUCUUUCUCUACAAUUUAAUCAGCAAAACUCCAUUGAUAAAGUUUUACGGCCUGAGAGAUUCAAUGCAGAUCCAAGCUCAGCUGGAGCAUCAAAAUCGUGGAUUCACUGGUGCCGAACUUUCGAAAACUUCCUCGCCGUUUUAACUGAAGAAGACCUCGAUAAAUUUGGAGUUCUUACAAAUUUUAUCUCGCCUACAGUGUUCGAGUAUGUGGAAGGAUGUACCGACUACAAAUCUGCAAUCGAAGCUCUUCAGAAUAUUUAUGUUAAACCUACCAACGAAAUCUACGCAAGACACCUGCUGGCUACUAGACGUCAACAGGCGGGUGAAAGCCUAGACGAGUAUCUACAGUCUCUGAAAACUCUCAGCAAGGAAUGUAACUUCAAACCAGUCACCGCCACUGAGUAUCGUGACGAAUACAUAAGGGAUGCCUUCAUUUCCGGAAUACAGUCUAACCAGAUCCAUCAAAGGCUGCUAGAAAACAAAACCUUGCAUUUGAAAACCAUGUUUGACCAAGCCAGAGCACUCGACUCCGCUAUGCGCAGCUCUGAAAGUUACUUUGCCCCUCAACCCAUCACUACAGCAGCAGCAGCACCAGAAAUAGUCUCUCAAAAUCAGUCAAAUCAGUCUCAGAAUCAGUCCACACUCGCAGCAACAGAUCCCUUGUGCUUUUUCUGUGGGAAUUCUAGACAUCCUCGUUCUAAGUGCCCAGCUAAAGAUGCAACUUGUAAUAAGUGCCAGAAGAAGGGGCACUUCACCAAAGUUUGUAGAGGGAAAGCCUCUACUAAACCCAACGAAGUUUCAGCUGCUCUCUGGUCACCUACGCUUGCCAUUGUACAUGUAGGAACUCCUUCGGCUCUUAAAAGGUCAACUGCUACUGUUGUUGUCAACAAGGACUGGAGAGUACAAGCACUCUUUGAUAGUGGUAGCAGUGAGAGCUUCAUUCAUCCAAGCCUAGUUGAGGUAGCUGCUAUCUCUGUUAACCCUGCGGUCAGCCAGGUCUCCAUGGCAACAUCCUCAUUAAGCACAAAGACCCAAGGCUCUUGUUCUGUAACCAUUAACUACCAGGGACAAACUUAUAAAGAUGUUCAUCUUUCAGUUAUGCCAGAACUAUGCUCCGAUCUGAUUUUAGGACUCGAUUUCCAGUCUCAACAUGAUAGUGUCACUUUCAAGUAUGGUGGGACAAAACCACCGCUGUCUGUAUGUACUCUCACUACUCUGAACAUUGAGCCACCAUCAGCAUUUGCAAACCUCACGGCUGACUGCCAUCCAAUCGCUACAAAGUCUCGACAAUACUGCAAAGAUGACCUGACCUUCAUUGAAAAUGAAGUAGAUCGGCUGCUCAAGGAAGGCAUUAUUGAGCCAAGCCAGUCCCCUUGGCGGGCUCAAGUAGCGAUUGAUUACUCACAAACGAUCAAUCGAUUCACCCAGCUUGAUGCAUUUCCUCUGCCACGGAUCAGCAAUAUAGUUAACGAAAUAGCUCAGUUCAAGAUCUUCAGUACCCUCAACCUCCUAAGUGCUUAUCAUCAAAUAAGCGAAAGGAGGACUUUAUAUAUCGACAACAUAACCAUCCGUGGAAGAGACCAAGAUGACCAUGAUACCAACUUAAGAGCAUUCCAAGAAGCUGCGGAAAAGGCCAACCUGAAGUUCAACGACAGCAAAAGCGUUUUCUCUACUCAAAGAUUGCCAUUACUGGGGUACGUCAUUGAAAAUGGUUGUAUUAGUCCAGACCCCGAAAGGUUAAGGCCACUACUGGAGCUCCCUCUACCACAAAACUCAAAGUCUCUUAACAGAUGUCUGGGACUCUUCUCCUACUAUUCUCAAUGGGUUCCUAACUUCUCUGACAGGAUUAAAUCCAUUACAAGCUGCAAAUCAUUCCCUUUAUCCUCUGAGGCAGAACGGGCAUUUGAAGGGAUAAAGAGUACCAUUGCCAAAGCUGCUGUCUGGGCAAUAGAUGAAAGUGUUCCAUUUGAUGUAGAGACCGACGCUUCGGAUGUGGCCAUAGCUGCUACCCGCAACUAA